GCUAGCCACUGCAAGACCGGAAACUGUCGACAUAACCUUUAAAAUAAGAGCACUGUCGUCACUGUGCUCACGGCGCUUGCUUUAUUUUGAAACUGCCAAGCGGAAGUGGCUUUUGUUAUUCUCCCGUAUUGGCGCUUCGGCGGGGAGAGUUAUAGCUGAUGGUCUGCAGCGGCAUUGUUAACGUUAAAUGAGAGACACUUGUUAAAAUAAAAAGAGCUCUGCUUACCGCGUGUGACACAGGUGUGAGUGGCUCCGUGUUUCACUUUGGAACAAGAUGUUUGGCUUCCACAGGCCGAAGAUGUACCGCAGCAGGGACGGCUGCUGCAUCUGCAGGGCCAAGUCCUCCAGCUCCCGCUUCACUGACAGCAAACGCUACGAGACCAACUUCAAGAGCUGCUUCGGGUUGGGUGAGGUGCGUUGUGGGGACAUCUGUAACGCCUGUGUCCUCCUGGUCAAGAGAUGGAAGAAACUUCCAGCUGGAUCCAAGAAGAACUGGAACCAUGUAGUCGAUGCAAAAGCUGGCUCGAGCAUGAAGGCCACACUGAUGACAAAGAAAAUAAAGAAGAAGCUGAGGCCGAGCCAGAUUAGUCGGGUACAGAGCGAGCUGAAGAGAAACAACUCUGACGCUCACAGCACCACCUCCAGUGUCUCGCCCGCUCAGUCACCCAGCUACAGCAACCAGUCAGACGACGGCUCCGACACAGAGCUCUCACCGGGCCCUGCCCCUCAUCAGGCCUUCUCCUUCCUGGACCUGACCUACUGGAAAAGACAGAAGGUAUGCUGUGGGAUUGUGUACAAAGGACGCUACGGAGAGGUCAUCAUCCAUCCCCACCUGUACAAGCCCUGCUGUCAGAGGAAGCCAAACCUGCACCAGCCGCAGGGUGAUGGUGGAGAGAUGGAAGAGCAGGCAACAGGAAAGGACGCUGUGAGCGAGUCCCCACCCCCCAUGCCUGAACAAGGGGAGGUGGUGGAGGAGAAAGAGCAGCUGGAUGAAGGAUCGCGGUGAUGGCAGCAGUUCAGUCUCCCUCCAUGGACAGACGAGCCGAUGUAUGACACCAAACACAGUAACACAAACAGUCCAAACCAAACCUCACAGAAGUUUUUGCUGCUGCUGCAACUCUUCCAGACUGACCAGAUCCUCAGACUCUGUUUUCAGUGUCUUGGCUUGCUCUGAGAGUCAGUCUUUUUGUAAAUACUUUCUUUAGCUCUCGAUCUGAAAUGCUGGAUCAAGAUCGAGUGCUGCCUAGAAACCUGGAGACCUCUGGAAUUCACCUUACUCUAAAGAUUGGAGCCAUAACUUGUCUUAACAUCUUCGCCUUUCCUUCUCACCACUCAACAAGAUGCUCUCUAUUUAUUCUUUCUUCUUCAUUCUGUCGGAUAGGAUUUUUUUUUUUUUUUUU